CAGUUGUGUUCAAGCCAAGCUCUCACUCAACGUUCCCAAAGAGCGGUUAAGUUUCGAGUCCAAGAGUUGGUUCAGAACCUCCAAAAAUGGAAGCUUGGACUUUGGAACCGCCACGGCCUUGCCUGGAAGCUCCUAUGAAGGACAACCACUUUUUCGAAUGGCACAGUGCUUGGUCAAACGUUUGAUGUGGUGUAUUUGUCAAGAGGAUGUGUUCAUCCACAGAUUAACCACGUACUGGCCCAAGGGUGUCAAGUAAUGUGUACCUUUGGCAAAUUGGAUACUUUUGAUCAAAGCAAAUUCAACCUGAGACGGGAUGCCCGCCUUUAUUUGAUUCAUUACCACGAAAUGUGGAUCCUUUCCGAGGCUUGGCUGGAUCAACUCGAGACUCUUGGAACGAUCUCAUUGAAUGCAUUUGAGUGGGACCCUGCCGCAGCUCAAGACUUUAUGGACCGGCGAAUGGACUUGAAAGGGCUACAACUCAAAGUAGCCUAUCAAAAAUCUCCAGUAUACCAAGAUUUCCUUCAAGCCCAAGGAUACAAUUUUGAGAUAUUUAAACAACUCCAGGAGUGGCUGAAUUUCACAUUUAGUGCCUACAUACCGGUCAACGACACCAGUUAUGGAUCAAUGAUGUCGGAUAACAUUUCUUUUAACGGUCUGAUUGGGCAAGUUCAGCAGGGCGUGGCUGAUAUUGCCGUGGCCGACCUCACCAUCACGGAAGAUCGUCGAAAAGCUGUAGAGUUCAUUUACCCUGUCAAGGAAAUUUACAAGGCGUUGCUUAUUCAACGCCCUGGGGAGACUUCGGCCCUGGGUUCUUAUGUUCGGGUGAUCUCGCCCUCGGCUUGGAUGGCUCUGAUCUUGUAUUUUUUGUCCAUGUCGUUGACCUUCACCUUUUUGUUUACCAAUUGGCGCCAGCAAUUCCCUCUCAAGGUUUUAAAAGCCCUAGCAAUCAUGGCUCAGCAUGUUGCUCGGCCUGAGAAGACUUACGAAUCUCAUUGGGUUCAUUCCAAAAUGCUCACAAUGGUGGCUUUGUUGUCGGGGUUCCUAAUAUUUGCUCACUACAAUGCUCUCCUGACAUCAUUUUUGACAGUGAACAAUGUGGAGAUGCCCAUUCAAUCCCUAGAUGACCUCUUGCAUCACCCGAGUCUCAAGUUGAGCGUUAACAAAGACACGGCCUUGGAGCAGAUCAUGGGUUCAGCACCCGAAUCAUCCAUUUUGAGACGGCUCUUCGAAAAGAAAGUGACAGGACACGAGUUCGGAUCCAUCGUCACUUACGAUGAAAAUAGACAGCUCACCAAGGUGUCUUAUGAGGCCUUGGCUCAGGAUUAUGCCAUUGAAAGUAGUGACUACCAUCUAGCCGAUCCUCUGUUCACUGAGUACCCGUGUAAGAUCACGGAUGUGCCCAAAGUGAAAUUGUUCACCGAGCUAUAUGCUUAUGCUCUUCCCAAAAACUCGCCCGUUUUGAAGAUUCUCAAUCUCGGUCUCAAACGUAUGGAUGAGACCGGCCUGAUUGAUCGAUUUCAUCGCAAAUAUUUUGACCGGCCACAACGACAGAGUUGCGAUGACGCUCGGGAAUUCGGUCUUGCCGAGAGUUCAACCUUAUUCAUCAUUCUUUCGAUUGGGAUUGGAUUGUCCUUGGGCAUUAGUCUUGUGGAGCGGCUGCAUAAGAUGAUCCCGGCCCGCGGGGACAUUUUGGACAAACCCACGACAAUUCUGUCCUGGCAUCUCGAAACCAGACCCGCUCGAGCUCGAGUCAUCACUUUUCAUCGAUAAUUCUAUUUCGAACACCCUCUGAACGUUUCGUGUUUGCUUUUUGUGCGAAAAGAUGUUUGAGGCCCUCUUAACAACUAACACUUUGUGAGCAUUUGAGUGGCUUUUAUUUACUCUGCAAUUAUCCCCUUCUCACAAACCCUUCAAUCCGGAUCUAGUUAGUUGGUGAUGAACUCACAUCCAAUCAAUAUUCAGGUAUGAAACCCUGUUAAUCCCAAUGGCUAACAUAACAGUAUUUGCAUAGGUCUGUCUUUAUCAACAUUUCCUGCAAGGGUGUCCAAAUAGAGCAAAAAUAUGUAUUCAUGUCACCCCAAGCCCUUCAUCAGAUGCGGCCGGAGCGAGUAGCUUCAUGUACGUACAUUGAAGACAAUGGCAUUCAUCCUCAAGUUAAUACACUCUCAGUCAUGUAAACGUAACGUAAAGACUUAUUAUGCCUCACAGAGUAUCAAACUUGUCAUCUCACUUUGACAACAUCUCAAUCGAAGACGUUCCUCAAUAGAACCCAAACAUUUAAAGAUCUACGAAACAAUCUGGCCUCCCAAGGAUCAAAGCAGAAGAAAAAUGGGGAAACCGAUGACAUUACACUAUUUAAAUGAGAAUUUUGAGUAUCAGUCAGGAGAAAUAUUUGUUUGUGUGUGUUGGCGUUGCAAAAUAAGAAUCAGUUUGAUUUUCCCCAAGAUCAAAUAAAAAUUGGAUGGUGGGUGCUGGACUAAAGUAUCUUAAACGGCAGAUCAAUAAAAUGGAAGAAUCAAAACAACCAGUUUCCAGGAAUGAUUAGUUUAUGGUACUCUUAAAUCAUAAGGAAAAGAGCGAUUGAUGGAUUUUAAACUGAUACGGAAGGAUGCAGAGCCAACAAAGAGUUCAGUUGUGGUUUUAGGUACAUCUGGCGGAUAACUCAAAGUUCGCCGAAAAAGUCAUCAUUCUGUGCCAAGUAAAAAACCGUCUUAUGACAAGCAAGGUACUAAAAGACCUUGUUAUUCUAUUAUAUUACUUGUCAUCGUAUAUUCUUAAAUGACUAUGUUCAUUUGUACUCUCGGAAAUAUUGCUUAUGAUUAAAACAAAAGGAAAACUCUUUGAAACUUGGAAUAUGUGUCAGAUAAUAGUAUUAGUUAGUAAUAGUAUUUAGUAUAUACCACAUAUUGUUUUGAUAU